UGCAAAUAGCCAACACACUCUCAUACAGACAUACAGUCCCAAUAUUUUCAUUUUUCCCAUUUUACCCCUCGCCGGAAAAUCACAAACCUCAACAUUUCUCCGAUCUAACACUCCGAUGCCGGCAAUACUCAGCCUAUCCACCGGUCCCGCUGUCAAAUUCUCCUUCUCUUGCAACAACCGAGCUUCCAACAAAAGAUUCCGCCGCCGUAGUCCGAUCCACGCCGUCGCUUCUCCGGUGCCGGCCACAUCGGCUAGCCUCUACGAGGUUUUGCGAGUCGAGCAGGAUGCGUCGCUGACGGAGAUCAAGUCUGCCUUCCGGAGCCUGGCGAAGCUCUACCACCCCGACGUUGCGGCCGUGAGGCGGUUGCCGGAUUCUGACGGCGGUUCCGGCACGGACGACGGCGACUUCAUCGUGAUACGGAACGCAUACGAGACGCUAUCGGAUUCUUCAGCGAGAGCUAUGUACGAUCUGUCUCUGUCCUCCCGGCGGCGGAGGUUUCCGGAGCCAUUGAGCGUGAAACGGAAUUCCGAUCAUUACUCGACCCGAAGAUGGGAAACGGACCAAUGCUGGUAGAUAGAGUUAAAAAAAUAAAAAAAAGGAAAAAAAAAAGAUAUUAGGUAA